UGCAUUUUUUAUUUAGAAUGUGCAAUUCAUCUAUUAAAUUUGUCUGCACAUUUCAGACUCAUCAUAUAUACUUUUUCUUCUUGCUUUAUACUCUUCAACGUGCAGAAAGCUCAAAGAUCUUGGCAAUAUUUGCUCAUGUUGGUAAGAGUCAUUUUGAUGUGUUCGAGCCGUUGCUUGAAGAACUUGCUGCUAGAGACCACCAGCUUUUGGUGAUAAGCUACUUUCCUCAAUAUCAAUUCAUCAACAACUACAAGAAUAUUGAUCUGAGAGGAAUUUUACAGAAUAACAAAACUGCAGGUAUUAUAAACAUAAGAAGUGCCACUUAUGGAGGACAUGUGAAAAGUGCUUUAAGGUUAGGCGUGUGGGGGAAUAUGGCAUGUGAGAAAACUUUGGAACAUCCUUCAGUUCAAAAUCUGGUGACAUCGGAAGAGAAAUUUGAUCUGAUCAUAACAGAACUGUUCAACACGGACUGUUUUUUGGCAUUUGCUCACAAAUUUAAUAUUCCCACAAUAGCAUUCAGUUCGUCUGACCUCAUGCCUUGGGCUAAUAGUAGAUUUGGAAAUCCUGACAAUCCGUCUCAUGUCCCUCUAUAUUCCGGUCAAUCAACCGGCAAGAUGAUUUUUUCUGAAAGAUUGUUGAAUACAUUCUGGUAUUUAUUUCAUAAGCUACAUCAUUUAUUCCUAAUGGAAGCACGGGCUAAUAAAUUCGCAAGGAAACAUUUCGGUGAAUCCCUACCAGCCCUGUCUCAGCUAGCCCGGAACACAAGCCUCAUCUUCGUCAACAGACAUUUCAGUCUCAACGGACCCCGUCCAUUGGUCCCUGGGGUCAUUGAGGUGGCAGGGAUACACAUGAAGCCGGUCAAAAAACUACCGGAGGUAAGGUUGUUUAGUCAUUUGCUAUACCGAAAUUAUAUAGUUGGACGUAGAAUAUACCGGCAGAUGUGCGACAAGUUUGCCGGUGCACAGCAGUUGCGUAAUGGUAUGCACCCCGGCGUGUGCUAG